GCGGGGCGUGGGCGCCUUAGCGGCUGCGCGCUGACCGCCCUGUCCUUUCGGUCCCGGCGGCGGCGGCAGCGCAGGCCAAGCGGUGCCCACCCUCCGGCUCUCCGCGCCCCCGCUCCGCUCUCGUCCACUGCGCUGCUGCCCGCCUCGCCACCAUGACGGAACAGGCCAUCUCUUUCGCCAAGGACUUCCUGGCCGGAGGCAUCGCCGCCGCCAUCUCCAAGACGGCCGUGGCCCCGAUCGAGCGCGUCAAGCUGCUGCUGCAGGUCCAGCACGCCAGCAAGCAGAUCGCGGCCGACAAGCAGUACAAGGGCAUCGUGGACUGCAUCGUGCGCAUCCCCAAGGAGCAGGGCGUGCUGUCCUUCUGGAGGGGCAACCUGGCCAACGUCAUCCGCUAUUUCCCCACGCAAGCGCUCAACUUCGCCUUCAAGGAUAAGUACAAGCAGAUCUUCCUGGGGGGCGUGGACAAGCACACGCAGUUCUGGCGGUACUUCGCCGGCAACCUGGCCUCCGGCGGGGCGGCGGGAGCCACGUCUCUCUGCUUCGUCUACCCGCUGGAUUUCGCCAGGACGCGCUUGGCGGCCGACGUGGGCAAAUCCGCCACGGAGCGGGAGUUCAAAGGCCUGGGAGACUGUCUGGUGAAGAUCACCAAGUCCGACGGCAUCCGGGGGCUGUACCAGGGCUUCAACGUGUCCGUGCAGGGCAUCAUCAUCUACCGGGCCGCCUACUUCGGCGUGUACGACACGGCCAAAGGCAUGCUGCCCGACCCCAGGAACACGCACAUCGUGGUGAGCUGGGUGAUCGCGCAGACGGUGACGGCCGUGGCCGGCGUGGUCUCCUACCCCUUCGACACCGUGCGGCGGCGGAUGAUGAUGCAGUCGGGCCGCAAAGGAGCCGACAUCAUGUACAAGGGCACCCUGGACUGCUGGCGGAAGAUCCUGAAGGACGAGGGGGGCAAAGCCUUCUUCAAGGGCGCCUGGUCCAACGUGCUGCGCGGCAUGGGCGGCGCCUUCGUGCUGGUCCUGUACGACGAGCUGAAGAAGGUCAUCUAGGCGCCCGGCCACGGGGACCGCCGCGCAGAGCCAUCCCUAACUGUUACGGACCAUUGACCUUCGAGAAAAUUCCAGUGUCCUCGGGGGGUGGGGGGCUGGGGCGGCCCCCGCCGAGGGCGCCUGGUGAUGGCGACCAUCGCCCUUGCGGCCACGUGUGGGUGACGGGGGAGGGAGCCGUGGGUCCGCGGGCCAGGCAGCUGCACUCACCAGACCUAGACUCCAGGUGCUUGUAGGGCCCACUCGUGUUUAAGUAUUUAUUUAAGGGAAUCAUGUCUCCAUUUGUACUUAAGCACUGUCCUCUUUUGCACAGCCGAAUAUCUGCAGUUAUGUUCUCUGUCGGGCAUUCUGCUGGAGAAUAAAGCCAGGACACAGA